GGCGGUUCUACAAAAUCCCUGUGCCAAGUAGUGCAGUAUGUAUGUGAGAUUCGGCAACAGAUGGCGGCGGUGGUGGUGGGGACUGGCUACAUCCAACAAGAAUCUGAAGGGGUGGAGGCGCUGAUGGGGGAAUUCUUUCCAGCUACUAGAGUUGGUUGUCUACUGAGGAACUGGGACAGGGCUUGGUCAAUCUGACCUCAUUUAGAAUUUCGUGCCUACGUUCUUGGAUUUUUCUCUUUUUACCUUUAUUUUCCACUGAAGGCCGCAGAAACCUCGGGCUAGAUUUGGCCACACGCCGACCUGAGGGCUCAAAGAUAUCUGCGGGAUUGUUUGGAAAGUCUCGUGAAAUGUAUUUGCCAGAAUUUGGCGGUUUAAAGUCGUAACAUGUUUAUUUUGUAGAGUCGAUUGUGUUUACACGAUAGCAAAACUUUUUAUUAAUGUUGAGUAGAAACAAGUUGAUAAGCUAACUAGUUAGCUAGCUAGCUUACUAGAAUGCUAGUUAGCUAGCUACCUAGCAGCGCCUCUCUAGCAUGUUGAAUGGAUGAAUGAAUGAAUUGGCGAGCCCUUGCAUUUAACUAACAACCGCUUGUUGUUAUUACAAGAACACGUCGAAUAUUAUCUACAUGAGACGACACAUAUUUUCUACAACAAGGUGAGCAUGUGUGGCUAGCUCCUCUUUGACUGUUACACUACAUACGUUACCCUCAAAUGGACAGGAAUGCGAUUCCAGGAGGUUGGUGGACAGCGGCGAUUUAGCACGCAAAGAUAGUGUGCUAAUACUGACAAAAGCCUGGUAAUGUUUGUGAAGCUGGGGGAGGCUUGUUUUAGCUAGCUACAAAUAUUUCCACUACUUGGACUUGGCUGCAAUAGUGUGAAGCUAACGCCCGGUUUGGGAUGGGGAAUAAGGUGUCAUGCUGCGUCUCUCCCGAGUCGAGCCCCAAACUACCAUCGAGACAACCGGCAGAGCGGCUGGAAGAGUUCCAGACCAGCACCGAAGUGAGCGAUGACAACACAGUACCCUACCUGCAGCAUAUAAGCGACAGAGAAGUCCCUGAUGAGCUGGCAUUAGAGUCUAACCCGUCUGACCACGCCCGAGCAAGCACCAUCUUCCUUAGCAAGUCCCAGACAGAUGUACGAGACAAGAGGAAAAGCAACCACAUAAAUCAUAUCAGUCAUGUAUCUCCUGGUCCAAUGUCAAAGAAAUACAGCUCCUGUUCCACAAUCUUCAUAGACGACAACACCGUCAGUCAGCCAAACCUCAAAAGCACAAUCAAAUGUGUCACGUUAGCAAUAUACUACCACAUCAAAAACAGGGACUCAGGCAGGUCACUGGACAUCUUUGAUGAGAAGUUGCACCCCUUAUCAAGAGAGCCAGUGCCAGAUGACUACUCCCGUGUAGACCCAGAACACAAACUGAUCUACCGCUUCGUCAGAACGCUCUUCAGCGCCGCACAGCUCACUGCAGAAUGUGCCAUUGUUACUCUAGUGUACUUAGAGCGCCUGCUGACCUACGCUGAGCUGGAUAUCUGCCCCGCCAACUGGAAGCGCAUCGUCCUGGGAGCCAUCUUGUUGGCUUCCAAAGUCUGGGACGACCAGGCUGUGUGGAACGUAGACUACUGCCAGAUCCUUAAAGACAUCACUGUGGAGGAUAUGAAUGAGAUGGAGCGCCACUUCCUGGAACUUCUCCAGUUUAAUAUCAACGUGCCAGCCAGUGUCUAUGCCAAGUACUACUUCGAUCUGCGGCAGCUGGCUGAUGACAACAACCUCAGCUUCCCCCUGGAGCCUCUCAACAACCAACGCGCCCAGAAACUAGAGGCCAUUUCAAGACUAUGUGAAGACAAGUAUAAGGACCUGAGUCAAACAGCGAUGAGACGAUCCUGCAGCGCAGACAACCUGAUAGGUAUACGACGCUCCAAUGCUGUGCUGUCAUAGGCCAGACUGCUGCCCUCUGUUUUCUAAAAGCCCAGCUAACCCACAGCCAACCCCCGGACA